CAGAGCGAGACACCUCCAGCCAACCUCGGUUUCUCUUUUGUUCCGUCGUUCGCUCCUGCACGCUUCUUAAAAGAAUGGGUGAUGCAAUGAUGGCCGAAUUCGGGGCAGCAGCUCCUUACCUUCGCAAGUCGGACAAGGAACGCCUGGAAGCCCAGACUCGGCCCUUCGACAGCCGGAGCGAGUGUUUCGUGCCCGACGAGAAAGAGGAAUUUGUCAAAGGCAAAGUGAUGAGCCGGGAAGGGGGCAUGAUGACCGUGCAGACGGAGAACGGCAAGACAAUGACGGUGAGGGAGGCUGACGUCCACCAGCAGAACCCUCCCAAAUUCGACAAGAUCGAGGACAUGGCCAUGCUGACAUUUCUGCACGAGCCGGCUGUGCUCUACAAUUUGAAGGAACGCUACGCCUCCUGGAUGAUCUACACGUAUUCAGGUCUCUUCUGUGUGACGGUCAACCCAUACAAAUGGCUCCCCGUCUACAACGCUGAGGUUGUGGCUGCCUAUAGGGGGAAAAAGAGGAGCGAAGCCCCUCCCCAUAUCUUCUCAAUCUCCGACAACGCAUAUCAGUACAUGCUGACAGAUCGAGAAAACCAAUCUGUCCUCAUCACUGGAGAAUCCGGUGCCGGGAAAACGGUCAACACGAAAAGGGUCAUCCAAUACUUUGCCAGCAUCGCUGCCAUUGGGGACCGCAAAAAAGAAGCCGCCAACUCCCCCAAGGGGACGUUGGAAGAUCAAAUUAUCCAGGCCAACCCUGCCUUAGAAGCCUUCGGCAACGCCAAAACUUUGAGGAACGACAAUUCUUCCCGUUUUGGUAAAUUCAUCCGAAUUCACUUCGGGGCAACCGGCAAGUUGGCGUCCGCUGAUAUUGAGACAUAUCUCUUAGAGAAGUCUCGGGUGAUUUUUCAGCUGAAAUCUGAGAGAAAUUACCACAUCUUCUACCAGAUCUUGUCCAACAAGAAGCCAGAACUUCUGGAUCUCCUGUUGGUCACCAACAACCCUUACGACUACCACUACGUCUCCCAAGGAGAAGUAACGGUAGCCUCCAUCGAUGACUCCGAAGAGCUAAUGGCUACCGAUAGUGCCUUUGACGUUCUGGGCUUCACCCCUGAGGAAAAAGUGGGUGUCUACAAGCUGACGGGCGCCAUCAUGCACUACGGGAACAUGAAGUUCAAGCAGAAGCAGCGUGAAGAACAGGCUGAGCCUGAUGGGACUGAGGACGCAGAUAAAUCGGCCUACUUGAUGGGUCUCAACUCGGCCGACUUGGUCAAAGGGCUGUGUCACCCCCGAGUGAAGGUUGGCAAUGAAUAUGUCACCAAAGGGCAAAAUGUCCAACAGGUGUAUUAUUCCAUCGGGGCCCUGGCCAAGUCCGUGUAUGAGAAAAUGUUCAGCUGGAUGGUAGUCCGAAUCAACAAUUCUUUGGAGACCAAGCAACCUCGGCAGUAUUUCAUUGGCGUGCUGGACAUAGCAGGAUUUGAGAUCUUCGACUUCAACAGCUUUGAGCAGCUCUGCAUCAACUUCACCAACGAGAAGCUGCAGCAGUUCUUCAACCAUCACAUGUUCGUGCUGGAACAAGAGGAGUACAAGAAGGAAGGCAUCGAAUGGGUGUUCAUCGACUUUGGCAUGGACCUCCAGGCCUGCAUUGACCUCAUUGAGAAGCCUCUGGGCAUCAUGUCCAUUCUGGAAGAAGAGUGCAUGUUCCCCAAAGCCAGCGACAUGACCUUCAAGGCGAAACUCUACGAUAACCACCUGGGCAAGUCCUCCAACUUCGGAAAAGCCCGCAACACCAAGGGGAAACCCGAGGCGCAUUUUGCCCUGGUCCACUACGCGGGCACCGUGGACUACAACAUCAACGGGUGGUUGGAGAAGAACAAGGACCCCCUCAACGAGACCGUGGUGGGCCUCUUCCAGAAGUCGGCCCUGAAGCUUCUGGCUACCCUCUUCUCCAGCUACGCUGGUAACGAAGCGGGCGGAGAAGGCGGGAAGGGCAAAGGGUCCAAGAAGAAAGGCUCCUCCUUCCAGACGGUCUCAGCGCUUCACCGGGAGAACCUCAACAAAUUGAUGGCCAACCUCAAGACCACCCACCCUCAUUUUGUGCGGUGCAUCAUCCCCAACGAGCGAAAGGCCCCUGGUGUGAUGGACAACCCUUUGGUAAUGCACCAGUUACGUUGCAACGGAGUGCUGGAGGGAAUCCGGAUCUGUCGGAAAGGAUUCCCCAACCGGAUCCUCUACGGGGAUUUCAGGCAAAGGUACCGGAUCCUGAACCCGGCGGCCAUUCCGGAGGGUCAGUUCAUCGACAGCCGGAAGGGGGCCGAGAAACUUCUAGGCUCCCUGGACAUCGACCACAACCAGUACAAAUUUGGACACACCAAGGUGUUUUUCAAGGCGGGGCUGCUGGGUCACCUGGAGGAAUUGCGCGAUGAACGGUUGUCCAGGAUUAUCACCCGCAUCCAAGCCCGGGCAAGGGGCCAACUCAUGCGCAUUGAGUUCCGGAAGAUCAUGGAGCGGAGGGAUGCCUUGCUUAUUAUCCAGUACAAUAUCCGGGCUUUCAUGGGGGUGAAAAAUUGGCCUUGGAUGAAGCUGUUCUUCAAGAUCAAACCUUUGCUGAAGAGCGCGGAAACCGAGAAAGAAAUGCAGACGAUGAAAGAGGAAUUCGUGAGGCUGAAAGAAGCUUUGGAGAAGUCGGAAACCCGGAGGAAGGAGCUGGAGGAGAAGAUGGUUUCGUUGCUCCAGGAGAAGAACGACCUCCAGUUGCAAGUCCAAGCUGAACAGGACAAUCUGAACGACGCCGAGGAACGCUGCGACCAGCUGAUCAAGAACAAGAUCCAGCUAGAGGCCAAGGUAAAAGAGAUGACCGAGCGGAUAGAAGACGAAGAGGAAAUGAACGCCGAACUGACCGCCAAGAAGCGGAAGCUGGAAGACGAAUGUUCGGAACUCAAGAAGGAUAUUGAUGACCUGGAGUUGACCUUGGCCAAGGUGAAAGAGAUGACCGAGCGGAUAGAAGACGAAGAGGAGAUGAACGCCGAACUGACCGCCAAGAAGCGGAAGCUGGAAGACGAAUGUUCGGAACUCAAGAAGGAUAUUGAUGACCUGGAGUUGACCUUGGCCAAGGUGGAGAAAGAGAAGCAUGCCACGGAGAACAAGGUGAAAAACCUGACCGAAGAAAUGGCCGGUUUGGAUGAGAUCAUCACCAAACUGACCAAGGAGAAGAAGUCCCUCCAGGAGGCCCACCAACAGGCCCUGGAUGACUUCCAGGUUGAAGAAGACAAAGUCAACAGCCUCAGCAAAGCCAAGAUGAAGCUGGAGCAGCAAGUGGACGAUCUGGAAGGCUCUCUGGAACAGGAGAGGAAAAUCCGGAUGGAUCUCGAGCGGUCCAAAAGGAAAGUGGAAGGAGACCUCAAGCUGGCCCAGGAGAACAUCAUGGACUUGGAGAACGACAAACAACAGCUGGAAGAGAAAAUUAAAAAGAAAGAGUUUGAUAUCCACCAGCAGAACAGCAAAAUUGAAGACGAGCAAGCUCUGGGUUUACAGCUGCAGAAGAAACUGAAGGAGCUCCAGGCACGAAUUGAGGAGCUGGAAGAGGAGAUGGAGGCGGAACGCGCAGCUCGCGCCAAGGUGGAGAAACAGCGCUCCGACCUCUCGCGAGAACUGGAGGAGAUCAGCGAGCGUCUGGAGGAGGCCGGAGGGGCCAACUCGGUGCAGAUCGAGCUGAACAAGAAGCGGGAGGCCGAGUUCCAGAAGAUGCGACGCGACCUGGAAGAGGCCACGCUGCAGCACGAGGCCACGGCGGCCACCUUGCGCAAGAAGCACGCGGAUUCCGUGGCCGAGCUGGGCGAGCAGAUCGACAACCUGCAGCGGGUGAAGCAGAAGCUGGAGAAGGAGAAGAGCGAGCUGAAGCUAGAACUGGACGACGUGGCCUCCAACAUGGAGCAGAUUCUGAAGGCCAAGGCAAAUUUGGAGAAGAUGUGCCGUACCUUCGAGGACCAAUCUACGGAUCACCGCGCCAAGUUAGAGGAGACCCAACGGACGCUCAAUGACGCAAACACCCAGCGAGCGAAACUGCUCACCGAAAAUGGAGAACUCGCCCGACAGCUUGAGGAGAAAGAGGCCUUAGUUUCCCAGCUGACUCGUGGGAAACAAUCCUACACACAACAGAUGGAGGACCUCAAGAGACAACUGGAAGAGGAGAGCAAGGCCAAAAACGCUCUAGCGCACGCUCUCCAGUCCUCCCGCCAUGACUGCGACCUUCUGAGAGAACAGUAUGAGGAGGAGAUGGAAGCCAAAGCGGAGCUCCAGCGUGUCCUCUCCAAGGCCAAUUCGGAGGUGGCCCAGUGGAGAACCAAGUAUGAAACGGAUGCCAUCCAGAGAACAGAGGAGCUGGAGGAGGCCAAGAAGAAGCUGGCCCAGCGGCUGCAGGAGGCUGAGGAAGCAGUGGAAGCGGUGAACGCCAAGUGUUCCUCGCUGGAGAAGACCAAACACCGCCUGCAGAAUGAGAUUGAAGAUCUCAUGGUGGACGUGGAGCGCUCGAAUGCAGCCGCAGCUGCCCUGGACAAGAAGCAAAGGAACUUUGACAAGAUCCUCUCCGAAUGGAAGCAGAAGAACGAAGAAUCUCAGGCGGAGCUGGAGGCAUCCCAGAAGGAGUCCCGUUCCCUCAGCACAGAGCUCUUCAAGCUGAAGAACGCCUACGAGGAGUCCCUGGAACUCCUAGAGACCUUAAGAAGAGAGAACAAGAACUUGCAAGAGGAGAUUUCGGAUCUCACCGAACAGCUGAGCCAAGGGGCCAAAAGUAUGCAUGAGCUGGAAAAAGUGAAGAAGCAGCUGGAGUCUGAGAAAGUGGACUUACAAGCAGCUCUGGAAGAGGCAGAGGCCUCUCUGGAACAUGAGGAAGGCAAGAUCCUCCGAGCUCAGCUGGAGUUCAACCAGAUCAAGGCCGAAAUUGAACGCAAGUUGACCGAGAAGGACGAGGAGAUGGAGCAGGCCAAGCGGAAUCAUCUGAGGACGGUGGACUCGCUCCAAGCUUCCCUGGAUGCGGAGACCCGCAGCCGCAAUGAGGCCUUGAGGAUCAAGAAGAAGAUGGAGGGCGACCUCAACGACAUGGAGAUCCAGCUCAGUCAAGCGAAUCGGGUGGCCGCCGAAGUUCAGAAGCACCUCAAGAUCGCUCAUGCCCACCUCAAGGACACUCAGAUUCAACUGGAUGAUGCCCUUCGAGCCAAUGAGGACCUGAAGGAGAACAUCGCCAUCGUGGAAAGACGGAAUACGCUGCUGCAGGCUGAGCUGGAAGAGCUACGUAGCGUAUUGGAGCAGACGGAGCGUGGGCGGAAACUGGCAGAACAGGAGCUGACGGAGGCCAGUGAGAGGGUCCAGCUCCUCCAUUCUCAGAACACCAGCCUCAUCAAUCAGAAGAAGAAGAUGGAGGUUGACCUGACGCAGCUUCAAUCAGAAGUGGAAGAAGCUGUGCAGGAGUGCCGAAACGCUGAGGAGAAGGCCAAGAAAGCCAUCACAGAUGCGGCCAUGAUGGCGGAGGAGCUCAAGAAGGAGCAAGACACCAGCGCCCACCUGGAGAGGAUGAAGAAGAACAUGGAGCAGACCAUCAAGGAUCUCCAGAUGCGUCUGGACGAGGCGGAGCAGCUGGCCCUCAAAGGCGGCAAGAAGCAGCUCCAGAAACUGGAGGCCCGAGUACGAGAGCUGGAGAACGAGCUGGAAGGGGAGCAGAAACGCAACGUGGAGAACAUCAAAGGGAUGCGCAAGUGUGAGAGACGCAUCAAGGAGCUCACCUACCAGACCGAAGAGGACAAGAAAAACUUGCUGAGACUCCAAGACCUGGUAGACAAACUGCAGAUGAAAGUGAAAGCUUACAAAAGACAAGCCGAAGAAGCGGAAGAGCAAGCCAACACCAACCUGGCCAAGUUCCGGAAGGCUCAGCACGAGCUGGACGAAGCCGAGGAACGGGCGGACAUCGCCGAGUCCCAGAUCAACAAGCUGAAGGCCAAAAGUCGCGACGUGGGAGGAAAGAAACUUCUCGAUGAAGAGUGAGGAAGCCAGGGGGGGAAAAAACUUAUUUUAGCCUAAGUAGCCAUUUAGCGACAACUUUUGCCUCGAGAGGCCCUAAUAGUGAUUAUAGAGCUGUGAAAUAAAUCUGAAUAGCA